GUUAACAAGCAGCACUGCGACGCGGAGCGCAACGCAACACUGCUGACCAAAUCCAGAUUUCUUCCAAUCUUGGCGAAAUCGCAAUCGAGAAUUCAGCGAGCGAGCGUCGCGUCGCGUCGGUCGUGUGGUGUUCCGAUAAACGUACCGGACAGAAAGUCAAGUGCACAAAUCCGACGUCGAAACACAGAUUCACUCUCAGCCCAGGCGCCGGCGUCAGCAGCAGCAGCAGCAGCAGCAUUGAGAGUACCGUACGCGCUGUGUUCCAUUUGGAUUCCACUCUGACUUCGACGUGGACUUGGACUCGGAAUCGAGGCCGUGAUUAGGUUUUACGGUUUAGUCCGCUCGAUGACGCCGAACCCAACAGUAGUUUCCUCCAAUGGCCAGCAGCACCAGCACCAUCACCAGCUGAAGCUGAACAAAAAUCUGUGACACUUCCUCCCCAGACGUGCGCGUGAACAGACCGCUUCCGUAUCCGUAUUCGUUUCCGUGUCCGUUUUCCAUGCCGUCGCGUAAACUUCAAUCAGUUCCAGUGCACAAGCCAAAGAAGAACCAAAGUUAGGAUCUAAGAUUAGUUCCAAAAAAAAAUAUAUAUAUAUUUAAAAGAAAAAAAAAACUCAAUCAGUGCCCAAGAUGGACGUGGCCAAGCUGCAAGCGAAUCCGGGCCAGCAUCUACUGCAUCCGGCCGUCUCGGCGGCACCGCCCGCCCAUCAGCACCACCUGCCCCUCGACUACAGUUUGGGCAACUUUAAGCCAGCCAUUGCCGCCGACUUUCCCGGCAAUCCCUUCCUGGCCAGUCCGCAGCAGCAACAGCAGCAGCAGCAGCAAUCGUCUUCGUCUACAUCUUCCUCCUCCACAUCGUCCAUCGCAUCGCUGCAGGUCCGGGAUCUCAGUGCGCUGACCGCCAUGGCCACGAUACCCUCGCCCACCCAGCUGCUCCACCAGCGAAUGCAGCAUGCCCAAAUCUCGGUGGAUGCCGCUCUGGGGCAUCACCAUCAGCAGCAGCAGCCCACCCACACGCACCCACAGCAACAGCAACAGCAACAACCACAGAUGCCGCCGGCAUCGACAUCGCCUCGCGACUACGCGCCCAUGUCUGCCUUCAAGGCGGUGCUACCCAAGAAGCGUACUCCCGACGAUGCCUCUCUCGCCUUUAGCAUAAGCAGAUUGGUUAAGACUGAACACCUGACGGCAAUGGCCGCUGCCGCCGCGGUACUGAAGCCCCCAACGCCACUGGAGGACAACAACAACUCCAUUUCGAUGCUGAGCAAAAACCAACAUCAUCACCAUCAGCAGCAGCAGCAGCAGCAUCAACCCCAGCAGCAGCACCAGCAGCACCAGCAGCAGCAGCAGCAGCAUCUUCCCCAGCAUCAGCAACAACAGAUCCUGCUGCGAUCCAAGCCCACAUUCCUCAGUGCCAGCGAACAGUUGCGCCAUUCCCGGUCGCGUUCCCGCUCCAGAUCGAGGACGCCGUCGCACAGCUCCUCGCAGAUCGACAUGGAGGAUGCGGACUCGCAUCACUCCCACCGCUCGCUGCACUCCCGCUCUCGCUCGCCCCGGUCCCGGUCGCGCUCCCACUCGCGGUCACGCUCCCACUCGAGCAGCUCCUCCGUCGAACUGGAGGUGGACUCACCGCCUGGCAGUCCCAGCAUCAGCUCGCCGAGUGCCGCCUCCGCCUCCGCCUCCGCCUCCGCCUCCGAGCUGCUGAUCACGGCCAACAGCAGCACCAGCACCAGCAGCAUCUCCAUCUCCAAGAAGUCGGAUCUCUUCUCGGUCUCCGCCCUGCUGCGGCGGGACGAGCCACAGCACAGGCGCGCACGCAGUCCACCACUCGGUCAUUUGGCUGGCUCAGCCACGGCCCUGGCCAUGCCCUUCAAUCCGUUGGAGGCCAUGCGGCAGGGCUAUCCGCCCAAUUACGAGGCGGCCAUGUUCCAGCGCCCACUCUUCUCGCCCGCUCUGCCCUUCUUUGCUGCCGUUGCCUUCCACCAGGGCCAACAGCAGCAGCAGCAGCAACAGCAACAACAGUCUGGACUGGGAGCAGGCUACCAUCCGGACUCGCAGGAAAAUCUCUUCCGUUUGCGUAGUCUCAUGGUGCCGCUGCAGUCCGCCGGACAGAACAACUCCACAGCAGCGGCUGCGGCAGCGGCAGCAGCAGCGGCAGCCGUGGGCGUGGGUGUGGGCGUGCCACCAAAUGGCGGACACUUGGGUCUGCCGCACGCGCCACAUCUGCAUUUCCAUCACAUGGCGGCCAAGUGGCCGGGCCUGCACCAAUUCAGCGACCUGUACUCGUGCAUGAAGUGCGAGAAGAUGUUCUCCACGCCGCACGGCCUCGAGGUGCACUCCCGCCGGACCCAUCACGGCAAGAAGCCCUACGCCUGCGAGCUGUGCAACAAGACCUUCGGCCAUGAGGUCAGCCUCAGUCAGCACAGGGCGGUGCACAAUGUGGAAAAGGUGUUCGAGUGCAAGCAGUGUGGCAAACGCUUCAAGCGUUCCAGCACACUGUCCACCCAUCUGCUCAUCCACAGCGACACGCGGCCUUAUCCCUGCAGCUACUGCGGCAAGCGGUUCCACCAGAAGAGUGAUAUGAAGAAGCACACCUAUAUACACACAGGUGAGAAACCGCACAAGUGUCAGGUGUGUGGCAAGGCCUUUAGCCAGAGCUCGAACCUGAUAACGCACUCCCGCAAGCACACCGGCUACAAGCCCUUCUCCUGCAAGCUCUGCCACAAGUCCUUCCAGCGCAAGGUUGACCUGCGCCGCCACAAGGAGACACAGCACACCGAUCUGCGUGUCCAUCUCGGCAAGGUGGACUUCAUGUCGGCAGCAGCGGCGGCAGCAGCUGCCUCAGCCGAACUGGCGGCCGGAGUGGGAGUGGGAGUGGCUGGCCAGCAGGCGGGUCCAUCGCCAGCGAAUCAGGGUUCCAAUGCGGUCACGUCCGGGCCGACAGCAGCAGGCGGACCACAGAUGGGUUCCCUCAACUGCCAGAAGGUAUCGCUGCUGGUAUAACAGCAACAGCAGCAGCAGCAGCAGCACAGCAUGGGGCAGGCCAAAUCCAAAUCAACCGCAAUCAUUGUGCAAUAGAUGGAAGUGAAAAUAA